ACUGGUUUAAAUUUAAUUAGGAAUUUCAAUCGGCUCACAAGCGAAAAACUACACAAAAAUGUCGUCGGCGAUUGUGAGAUCUGGCCUCCGCUCCGCCCUACGUGGUGGGGCCUCCACCCCCCGCGUCUCACCCGCGUCCAAGCGCUCUUUCUCCGCUUCAUCCCAUCACGACGAAGCUGCCGAGGCUUCGAAAUGGGAGAAGAUAACGUAUUUGGGAAUAGUGGCAUGUUCUAGUCUCGCUGUGUUUAUCCUCUCCAAGAGCCAUGCGCACUAUGACGAGCCUCCUGCAUAUCCAUAUUUGCAUAUUCGCAAUAAAGAGUUUCCUUGGGGUCCAGAUGGUCUAUUUGAGGUAGAGUUGUUUGGCCAUCCAAUGAGAAGGCUGUGGGAAAAAAUGGUGUUUUGAUUCGUUUCUUCUACACAUUUCAACUUGUAAUGUUGGAAUUUUGGUACAGUAUGUGUCGUGUUGACGAUUUCUGGAACCAGAAGUUUGUAAUGCGGUUUGGAUGACUUCUCUUCUAUAAAUCUGUUCUCUUCCCUUAGAAAACUUAAAUUGAAGAAUAAAUGAAUUCAUUUUCUUGCUUCA